CACUGACUGACACUGAUAGGCGGCACUGACUGACACUGAUAGGCGGCACUGACUGGCACUGAUGGGUGACACUGAAAGGCAGCUCAGAUGGGCACUGAUAUGUGGCAUUGAUGUGGCACUGAAAUGUGGCACUGAUGUGGCACUGAUGGGUACUGGCUGGCAGGUGGCAUGGAUGAGCACUGAGAGCUGGCACUGAUGGAUACUGACAGGUGGCGCUGCUGGUGCUACACAGAUCUUCAGGGCACACUGAUCAUCAGUGCCCUGAUGAUCUCUGUCAGCGUGACAGCUCGUGGGG